AAGAUGAUAGUGGACUGAGAUAGUUGAGGACAGUAACUGGUCAUUGACUGGGAACAAGUUAUCCACAGGGUCAGCUAAAGGGUUAUUCCAGCCAUGUCUGAGACAGAACGAUCAAACCUGAUUUCCCAGCCUGACCAGAGUAUGCAAGGAACCAGCCCUGGUGGCAGGAAGCGGCCCCUGGCUCCCGACUGGAGCAAGUUUGGCUUGAGCCAGGAGCUAGUGAAACCCACACAUGGGGGCAGUGCAGACGCUGGACUGGAGACUGGGUACCAGCAUGUAGAACCUGGCAACAAGAAUGAACUGUUCCAGGAAGAUCAGAAUCUCACCCAGAAGAUGUGGUGGAAGGCCAACUUCUUCAUCAGUCAGCCUGUGCUGUUUGGUACCUGGGACGGGGUGUUCACCUCAUGCAUGAUGAACCUUCUUGGAGUUGUCAUCUUCCUCAGGAUGGGCUGGAUUGUGGGCAAUGCUGGUAUCAGUCUGACCAUUCUCACCAUCAUCCUCACAGUGAUGGUCGUUGUGAUUGUGGCCCUGAGUGGUAUCGGGGUCUGUGAACGGUGUAAGGUGGAGAGCGGGGGCGUGUACUUCCUGCUGUCCCACGUCCUGGGGGCUCGAAUAGGGGGCAGUGUGGGCAUUGUGUACUGCUUUGCACAGGCAGUGGCAUGUUCAAUGUCGGUGAUGGGUUUUGGGGAGUCAGUGAUGGGCCUGACAGGGCUUGAUGAGCCAUGGCUCGCCAAGGGGAUAGCUGUGGGGCUGGUGCUGUUGUUGUUAGGUAUCAAUGUUGCUGGUGUGAAGUGGGUGAUCCGACUUCAACUGGUUCUGCUGGUCGUGUUGGUCCUGUCAAUGCUAGAUUUCUUUGUAGGCUCUUUUGUGCACACUAAUCCAGCUGAUGGAGUGACAGGCUACCACGAGAUAAAUCUACGUAACAAUUCUGGGCCCGACUUCCUCCCUGGAGAGUCGUUCUUCUCCAUUUUUGGGCUGUUUUUCUCGACUGUUACGGGAAUCCUGGCGGGAAUCAACAUGAGUGGAGAUCUACGCGACCCGUACCACAACAUUCCACGCGGGACUUUGUCCUCUCUAGGAGUCUGUACAAUGCUGUAUAUCUUUAUGGCGAUGGUUCUAGGGGCAACCUGUACACGUUCAUACCUCCAGACAGACUACAUGAUAUCUGAAAAGGUGUCUAUCACCGGCUUUGUGUGGCUAGCAGGUCUGUACAUAUCAUCAGUAUCAUCCUGUAUGGGUAGCCUGUAUGGUCCACCGAGAAUUCUUCAGACAAUCGCUAAUGAAAACGUCAUCCCUGUCAUUCGUGUGCUAGGCAAUGGGCGUGGUCCAAACAAAGUUCCCAUCUAUUCACUGGUCGUGAUAACACUAGUGGCCCUUCUCUUCAUUCUGAUUGGUGACGUGAACUCGCUGGCACCCAUUGUCACCACCACCUUCAUGAUGUCCUACACAGCGGUCAACUACGCCUACUUUGCCCUCGCUAUGAGCUAUGACCGGCGGCAGGAGCGCGACCUGCGAUACCAGGAGAAACGGCGCCGUCAGUCUGACCCUGUGUCAGCGCGGUUGCCGGGUUACGGUUCCGUGAACGUCAGGUCAGCGCCAUACAGAGACUCAUUCCAGACGAUGAGGAACGAUCUGGAUAAACUGUUUCCAGAAAGAUUGCGCCAUCAUGGCGGAGUAGAGCAAAUCCCUCAGCCCCAGCAAGUGUCACUGACGGAGCCUGAUUUUGACGCCAGAAAAAGGUCAAAGUCGUUGGACAACAACUCAGAGGCUGGUGAUGCCUCGCAGGUGCUAUUGGGAAAAGAGGGUGAUCCCAGACAUGCGCCAAACAUGGAGAUCACCAAACAGCCAAGGUCCUGGUACAGCUUUCUUUGCAACAGAUGGCUGUCACUGUUUGGGACUGUGGUUUGCCUAGUGAUCAUGUUUGCAACCCAGUGGAUUUACGCCCUUGUGGAAUUCGUUGUGGCAUUCAUCAUCUAUGUCUAUAUUGGGCAGGCGAACCCAGGGUAUUUUCCAGGAAUUGCUGAAUUUAACUUCUAUACCUGGAUCAAAGGUGGACUACAGCGCUGUAUCAGUGGGAAGGACAGCCAAGAGGAGAUAAUCGUGGCUCCGUCUACGCCCGCAGUUACCACCCUUGCAGCUCAGCUGACCGAGGACAACGAGGACUUUGCCACCAGGGGGCGCUACCACCAGUCAGAGGUUGUCAGGGGAGAAAACUUUGACGAUUAUGAGGAUGACGACCAUUAAUCAUGAUUUUGUAUAGAAAAAUAAUUAAGUUCCGAAAUUGUCCUGAAGCUUUAAUGUUUUUAAAGAGGAGGCUGUGCAUGGUGACACCUUUGAUGAUUAUGAAGACGACAAGAAUUGAUAGAGAUUAUUUAAAUUUUUAAAGAAGGAAUAAUUUUGGUCCUAAAACGCCUUGAAACAUGUAAGUUUGAAGUACUUGGUCUAGGUAGAUAACUUUGAUGAUUAUUAAGACGAUGAGCACUGGUCAAGGUUUUCAAUAGAAAUAAUAAUUUUGGUCUUAACCCGUUACCACUUUUCAUGCAUUUAUAGUCCCUAAAAAAGUUAUAUUUAAUUUAAGACCAUUCUUACGAAGUUCAAGUUUUUAAGGCUUCAUCUCCAAAAAUUAGAUACUGAUGAGCAGCAAACAGCAUAAAACCUGAGCAGACUGCGAGUUUUUUGCAGGCUGUUCUGGUUUUAUGCUGUUUGCAAAUAGCCAUUUUUACUUUGCUUCUAAGUGGAAAAGGGUUAAAACAUCCUAGAACUUUUAUGUUGUAAGAACUUUGUAAACAGACCAGUGUGUGUAUGUGACAGGUACAAACAAUCUUUAUUCAAUCAUGAAUGUGAAGAUAACAUUUUUACAAUGACUUCGAUUUCUUUUAAUUAAUCUUCUAUGAGAGAAAUAUAUAUAUACAAUAGAAGGCAAUGAAUAUCGUUUCUGGACUUAAGUUGAGAUUGAAAGUUUGAAAGAUGAACAUUUAUCACACUGCUUGUUGUUUUACAUGCAUUUACAGACAUAUAAAUUGCUGUGUCAGAACCCAUGCUGAAUGUGUCAAUACAAGCUUUGCAUAUGGUUGCAUUUAAUUUGGUUGAUGAAAAAAGUUAUUACCAUGUAAUGCAAAGUUACAUAUGAACUUGAAAAGUGAUGAAAGUUAGAAGUUUGCCUUUUUGCUGUGUGCUGUAGAGUACUCUGGGUUCUAUUGCAUAUUUUACACAAUAUUUGGGGUUUUGUUAAGUUGGGAAUGAUACAUUUGAUUUCAGGUACAUUGACAUUAUGUUUGCGUAUCAUUUUGGAAUGUUUUCCAUUUAGGGCAAAGUAUAAAUUAUUUCAUCAAUCAUACUAAACAACAUUGGUGUUGUUUGAAACUGAAAUUAUUUUAAAAUGUAAAUAUUGUUGUUGUAUUAGGGCAAUCAAAAUGGGUUAUUUGUUUAAGGUUUACUGAGACUUCAACAGACUUGUUUUGUAAAAUAAGAAUUAUUAUAUAUCAAAUCUGUUUGAGGAUAAGCUACGGAUCAUUUAUGGUGUAUUUGUGCAAUAGAAGCUUUUGCAAUGUAUGCUUUUACCGUACAUUUAAGAAAUAAUCCACGGGUAACCGUUGGUUAUUGCGGUAAUAACCAACGGUAUGGAGUUCCGAUGCGUAGGAAUUAAACCACGAGGGCGUAGCCGUGGAUUAUUUCGAUUCUAACAGGAUUUCAUUAAUAAGUUAUCCGCAAUUAAAGGUUAUAAAUGAGAAUUAUAUUAACCGAACGUCCUCCACUUUUCCGCGAAAACGUGACGUCA